AUGCCGGGAGAGAAAGGUCAAGAUGGAGGCGACUAUGCGCCCAUUCAACAGUCAUACGAGAUUCGAAAGCUGCGUGCUGAGAACCUCCGCCUCAAGGAACGCUUACGCGCCUCCAAGAUCCCCCUCGAGGCGCAUGAAUCCGACCAUGAAGGUUCUCCGGAUUCGCAAUUUGGUGAGCGCCCAACAGGUUUGUCACAGAGACGUCGCGCGGCCAAACAGAAACGUUUCCAAGGAUCCGAAUGGUCUGACAGCAUAUAUUUCGGUAGCCCGGGACUUGCCAAUGUCGUGACAGAUUUCGCAAGUAUUCAUUUGGCUCCUGGAUCGUCACAAUCUCUUGCGCACCUUAUGCCUCGUGGUCCUGACAUGUAUACUUCAAAAUCUCCACCUCCGCAUCCAUUCGCGACGAUUUUCAAAGCCACGCCCGAAGAGGGCAUUCCGGAGCUAUUGAGCUGUCUUCCCACCACUGAGGAGCUUCUGGAGUAUUUGAACUUUUUUGAGAAGCGAGUCCAUCUUUGCGCAUUCCCUCAUGUACCCAUGGAGAUUACACGAGACGAAGUCGAACGUUUUCUUUCGGAUCCUAGGAAGAACGCGCAGAUGUGUCCCGACAUGCUAGCGCUUCUUUUUGCAGCUUUGGCCUUGGGCUCACAAUAUUCGGCCUGGGAUAGGUGCGGAGGUCAAUGGAAGGCAGACACCAUGAAAGCAGAACUACAAAGAGGGAACGUCUACAGUCGACCACUCGGCAUCAGUGGUAUUGGUGACUGUCCACCGCCGCAUGAGCUCACCACGAACCCGCAGAUGCUACGAUUUGGAGAGUUUGCCAACCACUUCACCCUUCUGGCGAGGCAAAUAUUGAGUAGCGAUCGCCUCAAUAACAGCAAGAUUGACGAGUUCACAGACCAACUCAGGAAUCUGCUGGACACUAUGCCGGAAAUGCUCCAAUUUGACGAACGGUGGCUGGACAAGAACAAGGAGGUACCGGAAUGGCCACUUGGGACCAUGGCAGCUGGUGUGUCAUGCCCUAACUUGGCCCAUUAUUCGCAUCAAUUGCUUACGCACACAGUAUUUUACUGCAAAACCCACACGUACCUAAUCUUGCUCAAUCGCCAGCGCAUCGAAAAGCAAACGGCACAAUUCUUCCCUCCACACAAUGUAUCAACAUUGCGAGCUGCACCGGCAUCUCUCCAGCCCGUCAACACAUAUCCUUCGGCUCCGGGUGCUCCAAAACCCUUACUGAGGGGUCGAGCCUUGGUCUUGUCGUCCUCGCAAGAUCUGCUGACAGCGUUUCUUUUUUUUCACCUCCGCGUUCCGGCUGCCCAGAUCACCUGGACUAUGGGACAACAGGCGUUCAAUUCAUGCAUGAUACUACUACUCGACGCAAUGGAAACGGGAGACCUCAACCGUAUCGAAAAAGUGGAGAAAGCAUAUGUCGUAUUCCAACAACUAGAAAAGAAUGGGGUGCACGAGCUUGCCAGCAUGGCUGUAGAGAGGGUGAGCUGGGGUUUGGCCGAACUUGGACGAAUGAGUCGCGCACCCGACACGCACGUCAGAUUGCAUCCGCCCAUGUUGUCAAGAGGCGGGGUUUCGGGCUGUGAUGUUGAGAUGCAAGAUGGAGUGGGAAGUGAGGCUCGACAGGGCUCCGGCGUCAUGCAUGACACGGUGAUGGGCAACACUGGCAUGCUUUUGCUCGAAGACCCUGGCCUCCAGUCUUUCGUUCCGGAGGCUUUUGCGCCGUUGACAUGGAGCAUGUCACGGGGGUUUCCAGAAGGCGGAAUUUCGGUGCCGAUGCAGGUCAAGGAAGAAGCAGAUCAAAAGCAAGUUGAGGAGGUGCAAUUGGAGAAGGCAAAGUUCAGAUGGCGUGAGGAAGUUCGAGAUACUCGAUCCUCGGAACAGAGGCAAGAUGAAUCAGGGUCCCCAGGAUCGGCACGAGACCGAUUCGCGACGUUUUCGACAGCGCGCUCACAAGAUGUUCAGCCACAGGGUCUGACAGCUCCGACCUCGCCUCCGACGUCUGCGACAAUGCUGCAAGAACAGCACGACCACCAACACAGUGUGAGAGACAGGCCGACGGGUCUUCACGAAGAUGCGCCGCCUCAUUUGAGACACCACUCGUACCCGUCGCUGCACCAGGAUCCUCCGCCAUCCAUGGCAUCGGAGUUGCGAGCCACUAAGCACGGUGAAGAAAGCCAGGAUGUGAAUGCAGCGAGCGUCGGGCGAGGAUGCCACAGCCAGACAGGCAGGACGGAGGGCAACUGGAACGAAGAGUUGGAUGCCGGCAGGUUGCAUCGAACCAUGUCGCAUUUCGCUUCGCCGCGACCCCCGUUGCAGGCGUUGCCGGAGUACGUGACGGCAUCGGCUCCAGCGCACUUCGUAGCCUUCAACAACCCAACCGUACAUCCAUCAUGGGCGGCCCGACCCGCGGCACCGUCUUCGAGUGCUUCAGAGCCCAGGUUGACGUUUUCGCAACAUGUGCACCGAGGCCAGGCCAUCCCUGCUUACACGCAGGAGAGUGCUCCGAUGACUACGUGGCAGCACACAUUUCCCUUCCACUUGUCGUCGACAAGCAACGAGCCUGUGCCAGCACCUGGGGGAAGUCAGGCUGAACACUUUGUGACGAUGGACGGGUGGACAUGGACCAAAGACCACGGACCCAGGCAGCAGCAGCAGCCUCAGUAA